CAAAUUAGCCAUAGUUGAUACAGUGACAGUAGUCAAAGACCUCGUGCACUUUUAAGAUUCGCGUGCGGCUUUAAUACGCAGAAAGCCAUCUAGAACGUUUGAUCGGAGUGGUCAGAAAACUGACGAGGAAAUUCUCCUAAACAUUCCGUUUCGAAUCCUUGGCAGUCCUGACAGCGCGAUUAACAAGAUUCUAAUAUAACUGUAUUGAAGGUCAUCUUGAAAAUGCCUCGAUCAUUUCUUGUUAAACUGAAAAAGAGUAGUCCAAGCGGUUUUUGCUGGGAUGAAGCAGGUUGUGAUGUACCGACAGCUCCGCCUAACAUGUGGGAACCAAUCCGCGUUGAAAUCGAACCAGCACAGAUUUUUCAACCGAUCAAGUUGGACCUCGCUACUCUCGACCCAGAGAUUUUAACUGAAAAAGGGCAGCUGAAACCCAAGGCAAGAUUUUUCAGUCCAUUUACUUUCACUUCCUUCCAUUUAAAUGCUGAGCAUCGCAGUAUUGGAGUUGGCAAGCCGCUGUACUCCAAGGAUGAGCCCUGUUCUUACGACUCAAGGAACACCAGCCCCCAAAACCUAGACGGUGCCCUUGUACCAUCGCCGACUCGAAGCGACGAUGGCUACCCGAGCGCGGGAAUCUUUAUUCCCGGAAGUGGUUUUCUUGGGCUAGAGAACACCAAACCUUCUCUUCCCGCGGCUGGCUCUGCCUCCAGUGCUGUUGGCCGGAAACGUCGUAAUGGCACUCCGAAGACCUUUACCUGCGAAGUUUGCGGCAAAGUUUUCAACGCACAUUAUAAUCUGACCCGGCACAUGCCAGUGCAUACCGGCGCCCGUCCAUUUAAGUGUAAAAUCUGCGGCAAGGGAUUCAGACAAGCGAGCACUUUAUGCCGCCAUAAGAUCAUCCAUACAAAGGAGAAACCUCACAAGUGCAACAUCUGUGGGAAGGCGUUUAACAGAUCCUCGACGUUGAACACUCACAUCCGAAUCCACGCUGGUUACAAACCAUUUGUGUGCGAUAUUUGCGGCAAGGGUUUUCAUCAGAAGGGCAAUUAUAAAAAUCACAGACUCACUCACACUGGUGAGAAACCCUUCAAGUGUCACAUCUGCGGCAAGGCUUUCCACCAAGUGUACAAUCUGACAUUUCACAUGCACACGCAUAAUGACAAGAAACCAUUUACAUGCAAGGAAUGCGGCAAGGGAUUCUGCCGGAAUUUUGACCUUAAAAAACAUAUCCGCAAAUUACACGAGAACAAAGAGCAACGUGACAGAGUUGGACAAUAAACCACGCGCUCUCUGUUGUGCUGUUGAAAUGGCGAAGAAAAGAAGCUGGCACUUCGUAACGCGUGUAAUUCAUUGGCUUGCGUUAUGUGUUAAGUCUCAAAGAGUUUUACUAAAAGACUGGUGCAUAGUGACUUUUAACAAUAAUAGACUGUAAUUCAAGAUAGUUGAAGGCCACGUGAAUGUUAACCGAUGUUACGCAUAACGGAGCACACGUGGAAGAACAAUAGAAAGUUGUAAACUAUAAGUUAAGAAUAUGUACAUUGGAGAAGCAAUACCUGUGAAUAUAUAAAUAUGUUAAAAUAUUGGUUUACAUACGAAUAUUCAAGGCAACAUCGCUAUAAAAAACGUUAACGUAACCGUGUGUAAAUAUUAUUAUACAAUCGAGGUUUGACUAAGCAAUAAAAUUGUACAGAUUUAUCUUA